GUUUCCCAGUCUACCGGAAUAUCAAAGGAGGAUAAGGUUCUAGAACUUAUUUCAACCCUGCAGAAAGGCCUUCCUGAUGUAAUCGAUUACGAAGGAACUGCCAAGAUUCUUAGCAAUGAGCCCUCUCCGUUAAAUGUUGUGCUGUUGCAAGAGAUUCAGCGCUAUAACUGGCUGCUCGUUUUGAUUCGCAAACAGCUUUCUGACUUGGAGAAAGGCAUUCAGGGCCUUGUAGUUAUGUCUUCUGAUCUGGAGGAUGUGUUCUUGGCCAUCUUUGAAGGUCGUGUGCCGAUUAUUUGGGGCAAAAAUACGACAAAAUAA